AUGACUACCCCUAUCACCACCGCCGCGCUGUAUGCGCUGACGGUGUCUGCUGCGCCGACCAAGCCGGGGCCAGACGAUGCGGCGCAGAAAAGCCACCAUGUCCCGUCGGGAUUCCGAAAUCCGUGGGAUGUACCGAUUGCUUACUCGACCUUAUCGCGCAGUCGUCGCUUCAAUGGAAAAGCCAACAUCCCCGACACCACGCCGCCCACCGUCCCAGUGCGGAAACCCGAGUUUCUUCCCAGCCGCGAGACCUCGAAGCUGCGCGCAACAUGGCUAGGACACGCGUGCUACUACGUAGAAUUUCCCAGCGGCCUCCGAGUCCUCUUUGAUCCGGUCUUCGAGGACCGCUGCUCGCCCUUCUCAUGGCUGGGUCCCAAGCGCUUCACCGAGGCACCGUGCCAGAUCAAGGAUAUCCCCGUGAUCGAUGCGGUUGUGAUCUCGCACAAUCACUACGAUCAUUUGUCUCAUCCCACCGUGACGGAGAUCGCCAAGAAGCAUCCCAACUGCCACUUCUUUGCCCCGCUGGGCAACAAGGCGUGGUUCCACAACAGUGGGAUUCGCAGUGUGACCGAGUUGGAUUGGUGGGAUGAGCGGGAUAUCACCCUGUCACCGUCAGCGCAGAAGCCCACCCAGAUCGAGGCCGCUGGCGAGGCCCAAGCCAUGGCGGCGGACAUCAAGGCGAGGAUUAGCUGUCUCCCCUGCCAGCAUAUGACUGCCCGCGGGCCCUUUGAUCGAUGCAAGACCCUGUGGGCGUCCUGGGCCGUUGAAUCCGGUGGCAAGAAGGUCUAUUUUGCUGGAGAUACCGGAUACCGAGCCGUGUCCGAGCAAUCGGAGGGUACUGACGACCGGGAUUCGGAAGAAAAGCUUCCCACAUGCCCUGCUUUCAAACAAGUUGGUCAAUUCCGGGGACCCUUUGACCUGGGCUUGAUUCCCAUUGGCGCGUAUGGCCCUCGACACAUCUUUAGCUCUGUUCAUGCCGAUCCCCAUGAUGCGGUGAAAAUCUUCCAGGAUACCAAGUGCGGCAAGGCACUGGGCAUGCACUGGGGGACGUGGGUGCUGACGGAGGAGGACGUGCUGGAGCCGCCGAAGAAGUUGAAGGUCGCGCUGAAGGCACACGAGCUGGCGGAGACGGGCGUCUUUGACGUGUGUGAUAUUGGAGAGAGCCGGGAGUUUGAAUAA